AUGAGCAAAGCCGCUCAGCUGGCUGCGCUGAACGCCGCGGCGACUGCAGGGGACGUCGCCGCAGCCAGGCGAUGCUUCGAGUCCUUGCAGCCCAGGGAUCGAGCCAGGACAGUCGCUUGGAACACCAUGCUAAAGGCGCAUGCCAUCGCUGGUGACCUGAACGGAGCUACUGAGCAUUUUCGUACGCAGCUGAGACACAACCCAGGCAUCAACCGCCGAACUUUUGGAAAGCUCAUCAGGGCAGCUGCGGAGGCCGCGGAGCCGGAGAAGGGGGCCUGGUUCCUCCAGCAGCAGCGUGCCUCAGGCCUCGAGGUGGAUAUGGUGACGUACACCACAGUAGCGGAUGCUUUCUCAAAGGCUGGCAGGCCUGAUGAAGCCCAGGCUUUUCUCUUGCGUGCCAAUGCACGGGGCCUCGCGCUUGACUCCGUCGCCAUGGGGGCAUUGAGCGCCGGCUUCGCCAAGCUUGGCCAACCAGACAAGGCACAGCACUGGUUAGAGGAGAUGGUCCGACAAGGCCUGGAGCCCAACCCCGAAAGCAUUGGGGCGGUCGCGGCAGCUUGGGCCCAGAGAGGCCAGCCUCUGCAAGCCGAAAUGUGGCUUCGCGAGAUGCGUGGGCGUCAACUCCAGCCUUCGCCGUCAAUGAUAACAUCGGUGGUCCAUGGCUGCUCAAAAAGUGGGCAACCAAAGGCCGGUGCAGCCUUCGUGGAUCAGCUGCAGAAAGAAGGUACGACUCCAACCGUGGAGGUUUACAAUGCAAUGCUGAGUGGCUGUGCCCGACUGGGCAAAACCAGAGAGGCCGAAGCAAAGUUCCGAGAGAUGUUGGAUGCGAGCCUGCAGCCCGACGUCAUCACUUUCAACUCCAUGACGCUUGCUUAA